UCUCGAUCUCCUCUGCGUAUUGCUGUUUGCUGUUUGUUUGCUGUGUUUGGUUUGAGCUGAACGAAAAAAGCUAUUGCAACUGCAAGCAUAGUUCGCGUUUCUGACUAAAGUGAAUUCUAAUUUAUUAACAUUUGACCUGAUCCUUCGGAUAUUUGCUCAUAAAACUCUAUAACUUAACCCAUUUUUACAGUGGAGACCACGUUUCUGGCAAGGGUAAAUUGUCACUUCUCCCCGUUUUCAUCAAUUUGAAUCAUAUCAUAGUUGAAUUUUUCUUUUCCCUUUUUCGCGUAGGCCUAAUACACAGUAUUAGACCGUGCUUAAACUUGUUAUCCUAGCUGCAUGCACUAAUUUUGAAUCAGGGUAGGCCUACAAAGAAUGCGCUUCAUGAGUUCCCAACAGAGCCCGACUGUACUUGCCCAACAAUCAGUGGACCGGGAGAAGGUCUAUCAAUGGAUUAUUGAACUUGCCAACCCUGAGACGAGAGAAAAUGCUUUGCUAGAACUCAGCAAGAAGCGUGAGGUGGUGCCGGACCUGGCACCCAUGUUGUGGCACUCGUUUGGCACGACAGCUGCCUUGCUACAAGAGAUCAUCAACAUAUACCCAGCCAUCAACCCAGCUACUCUAACGGCCCACCAGUCAAACCGAGUAUGCAAUGCCCUCGCCUUGCUGCAAUGUGUGGCGUCUCAUCCGGAGACUCGUAGUGCCUUCCUGCAAGCGCACAUCCCGCUGUUCCUCUAUCCCUUCCUCCACACUGUCAGCAAGACCAGGCCAUUUGAAUAUCUCCGCUUGACUAGCCUGGGCGUCAUUGGCGCUUUAGUGAAGACUGAUGAGCAGGAAGUGAUUACGUUCCUAUUGACCACCGAAAUAAUCCCCCUUUGUCUCCGCAUCAUGGAGUCAGGAUCUGAACUGUCCAAGACUGUUGCAACUUUCAUCCUUCAGAAGAUACUGCUCGACGACAGUGGUCUCUCUUACAUCUGCCAGACUUACGACCGCUUCUCUCACGUUGCCAUGAUUUUGGGGAAAAUGGUACUCUCUUUGGCCAAAGACCCGUCUGCUCGUCUGUUGAAACAUGUUGUUCGUUGUUACCUGCGACUCUCGGACAAUGCUCGAGCCAGAGAGGCUUUGCGACAAUGUCUGCCGGACCAGCUGCGCGACGCGACCUUCGCCACUUGUCUGCAGGAAGACAAGUCGACCAAACACUGGCUCGCCCAGCUGCUCAAGAACCUAGAGACAGGCCCUGGAGUCGUGCCUGUCGGAAUGUCGCCCCUAGUGCCUCAGUAACUCCCCUACCUCACCUGAAAUUACCUGACUGAUACAUCAUCCCACUACAGGUUGUGAUACCUUCGAGUCAAAGUAUUUAGUUCAUCAUUUGAUUGGUUUUUGUCCAAUCAGAUUCAUUUGCGUUCAUUGUUCCAUUUUGACAAUUUUGUGUUAAUUUGUGAUAUUGUGUUUGUAGUAGCUUUAAGACAUACAGUAGAACCCCGGUUAACCGAAAUAAAGGGAGGAGAGCCGUUGCGGAUAACCAAUUUUUCGGUUAAGCCUUCAUAUGCUAAAAAUAGCCUAUGUAUUACCAUGGUGUAUAUAAAAAAUGAAUUAAAAAAACAAUGUCAUCUAGGCCUAUAUAAUAGUGACGUGUCAAAACCGAAUCUCAAAUAUCGAGAUUCGAUCACCGAGUUUAGAGAUUCAAAAGUUUCGAAAUUAAAGAUUUUGGCAGUUUAAUUCUUGAAACUGCUGACAUAUUUUGCAUCAUUAUUAUUGUGUCUAAAACUGUUUCCACUUUCCACACAAGCUGAGAUCAAACUAAUCACCAUUAACAGUAAUAAAUACAGUAAAUUGUAUUCUGAUUCGGAACUUCAAAAGGCAUCUUAAAUACUACAACUGGAAUAACAUACAACUCAGUUUCAUAGUGAUAUUUAAUAAACACAAAUAAAUAUUGACCAUUAAAUGUUCUAAUUAAUCUAAUAUUCAUGUUUAUGUUGGUGUCAGGAGCUUAAUUUAUUUUAAUGUUAUAACAAAUUAUGUUGUUUUGGGUUUUUCAGUCACAUAUUUAUGUUAUUAUGUCAGUGUCAGGAGUGGACCUCUUUCAAUUUGAUUGCAUACUUAAAAUUUUAUUAUUACCUGUAUUAUUUUGUAACCUUAACCCUUGUAAAUACGUUUGCGUCUAGGUUUUGAGAUACAAAUUUUCUGGUUUUGACCAUCACUACUAUAUAAUACAGUGUUUUACAGUGUUACAGUGUACAGUGUACAGUGUGGCCUACAGUGUUGUAUUUCAGCUACAGUAAUUUUUUUUUUUUUAAGAGGUUGGCGGCCUCUUUUAACCUUGCAUUUGCCCGUCCACAUAGACUACAGAUCUUAAAUUUACAGAUUUUAAAUGGGUUAGAAAAUAUUUGAACUAAACAACUGAAAUUACCAAAGCAUUUUACAUAAUGUAUUACUUAUAUUUUAGCUCUGUUAACCCGGGUUUAGGUUAACCAGGGUUCUACUAUAGUUGAUUUCCAAAUGAAAUUACAAUCAAGCUUAGCUGAAAGGUUUUUGGAUUCAGAAAUUAAAGAAUUUUGUGGAAGGUAGAGAAAAAAGAUUUAAGAUUCAACUUAAUGUUUUAGUUUUAUCUGCAUCACUUGUGGUUUUUAAAUUUGUAUCUUUUUUUAGGGGGAAUCCAGCUAGCUUCCUUAAAAUUCAAGUGCUCAUAGAUACAAUAAAUGUCUGUGUCUGAGUUGAAUUAUGCAUCUUAAUUUUUAUUAGCAGGUAUAAAAAUAAAACACAGAAAUUUUUUUAGCUUGACAUUUUUUUUUGCUUAAGUUGAAAUUGUUCUUUAAAUAUAUGGAUGUGGUUGGAAUUUUUUGAAGCGAGUGAUGGCAUAAGCAAUACUCAAAAAUUUCAUUUGGAAAUCAUAUAAAUUUGAUCCUUUAUUGUUGUUAAAUUAGGAAUUAAGAAAUAAUACACUAUACAUAAUUAUAGUAACAAACCGACUGAAAGUACCGUGCAUAAUACAUUUUUUGUUAGUCAAUGUUAAAGGCCUAGUAGCAACCAGUACAUUAGGAUCCUUUAUUCAAAUAAAUAAGACUUCUUUUUCAUAUUCACUCACAAUUCAAAUCUUGAAUAACGGUGAGAAAUAUGAUUAUUUUUUCAUUAAAGAAAGGAUUUGUAAUCCAUUUGUAUUAAGAUUGUAUUGAGUGUGCUGAAUUGCUGGUUAAUAUCGCUAACUGUGUUAGUUUAUUGUUCCGUCUCGGCAAUGAAGUAAUUGUCUUAAUAGGAAUCGUUUUGAUAACUAGCUAUAAGCCUUUGGUUUUGACAUUUUUCCCUAGUGUUAAUUUCUUUGGGUCAUAUUAUUCAGAUGAAAGGACAGUUUUCAGGCAAUAAAUGUUGUGGGAUAAUAAUGAUGAUGUUUUCAGUUGACAAUCUUAAUUUGACCCUUUUUCGUACAAACUAAAAGCCCUCAAUUUGUUUGUAUAGUAAUUAAGAAUAUAAUAUUUAUUGUUUAAAGUUUUAUAAGCAAAAUAUAAAAUAUUGUUUGACUAA